AUGCUUUGGUGGAGAAUCCCUGAGGCAGCAUUUCUUCUCUCUGUGUGCGCGUGUGUUACUCUCGCCUACGAGGAUGACAUCGAGAUCCAGUACACCGACUACUAUAAUGAAAUCACUGAUGGCGAGACACCGGCACCCACACCAAGUUCCACCCCCUGCAACUCUCCAGACCUGACAAAAUGGGACAAGAUCUUCUCCAUGAUGGAGAACAGUCAGAUGAGGGAGAACAUGCUGCUUCAGUAUGUUGAUGACAUCGUCAAGGUCGAAAUGGGAACUCUGCGCGGUGAAUUGCGAAGGUUUAUAGCUGAGUAUGAAAGGUCCUGUGGGGCCGCUGUGGAGACAGCAGGAAGACGGAUGGUCUUGCAGCUGGAGAACCAUCUACGAGAAACUCUGGAGCUCCUCAAGCUCAGUGAUCUGACCUCUGCUGUUGGAAAUUUCAACCACAUGGAGGCCCAGAUACAGCAGCUUCUCUCUGCAGAACAUACUCAAACCUCCAGACUAGCCAAGCUAGAGAGCAGCUGCCUCAGCAGCAGAAGUGCAGGAGCUGGCUUUGGGUUGAAUGGCAAAAAUGGACUCCAUCUCCAAGAAGUGACACCAGGAGAGGUUGCUUUGGAUGAGGUGCUAGCUGCAAUGAAAGCAGUGAAGGCUGAGCUGGAUGAAGAGCUGAAGUCAUCAAGGCAAAGGCGACUACCUGCAGGGUGUGAGAUGGCCCUCCUGUUUCCUGUGCGCUCCCGUCGGAUUUACACUGCAGUCAUUCCAGAUGUCCCCCUGUCCCUGUCUGCCUUUACUGUCUGCAUGUGGGUGAAGCCAACUUCAGUCUUCAACAAAACUGUACUGUUCUCCUACGGACACCGUCGAAACCCUUCUGAAAUUCAGUUGCUGCUCGCCCAAACCUCUGCCGUGUUCACUGUUGGAGAGGAAGCUAGUCAGGUGGAGGCAAGGAGCGUGGUAAGCCCAGGACAGUGGAUCCAUUUAUGUGGAGCCUGGUCCUCCGAGCAAGGCCUGGCGACCCUCUGGGUGGGUGGGAAGAAGAUGGCGUCCAACCCCGGGAUGGCCAAGGGACACAGCUUACCCGAGGGAGGCUCACUCCAGCUGGGGCAAGAAAGAAACGGCUGCUGCCCUCUGUCUCCAACCAGCGGGAGUGGUGUGGCCGGGUUUGAGGGAAGUUUUGAUCCAAAGCUGGCGUUUGCUGGGAAAAUGACGGGGGUUAAUAUGUGGGACACUGUCCUGUCAGAAGAGGAAAUUUCCCAGUUGGCUGCGCAGCGAGGCCAGGGCUGCCAGCAAAGGGGGAGCGUGGUGGCCUGGGGGGUGACAGAGAUCGUGCCACAUGGAGGAGCUCAGUUCAUCUACUGAUCCAUCAUUUUAAUCGUCAUAAUCAUUUGUUGCAUACAUAUCCUCCACUCUGAUAAAAAGUCAAGCUGAAACCGUGGACAUUUAAGAGUUUCAACAUCACAUUUUUAUUGAUAUUAUCAUGAAUGGUUAAAGGGAAAAACAACCAAUGCUGUGAGAGACUGUGAGAAAUUGUGCUAUAACCUAUAAUUUUAAACUGAUUCAGUUAAUUCAGUUUAGAAAACAUGACAUGUUGCUGGAAAUGUGUUGCAAGCAGCAUUUGCCAAAGACUUAAUUAGGGAGCAAGAAAGACACAGAGUUGCUGACUCAUUUUUGCUGACUCAACAAAUGAUAAUGACCAGACAGCCAAGCAGAAAUAAGAGGCCACGCACAAUGACAAGAGAUUAUCCUGUAAUUGCAGGCUAAUGACAUUUUUCGUUUUUACUUCUGAGGAUUUCAUAGAAGCAGCAGGUGCAAGUUAACAAAUACAAACAACACAGAUUGUGUAUUUUAACAAGAACCACAAUCAUUGGGAAAAUGUUGCUAUCUUUUCAUUGCGGCCUUAAAGGUACAAUUAACUUCAGGCGAAAGUAGCUUAAUACUUUUCAAUGAAAUAAACUUUAGAACAACAUAUAUAUGCAACACUAUUAAAAACUGCUGUACUUGCCUUCUUUUUAGAUAUGAAAAACUAGAAUGUAGGGCUAAUUUUAUUAUUUUGUUGCAACGUUUUGGAUGUGUGAAAAACCUUUAAACUCAAACAUAUUUUUUAUAAUAAAAAUACCAUAUUCAUUAAAUGUUUACAUCGAUUUUAUGAAUAAUUAAUUUUAUGCUGUGUCUUUUCUUACUUGUGUUCAAUAGUUAGAUUAUUCUUUGUCUUUGGAAUAAACAAAGUAAAAAUGUUAUUUUGAAUAUGUUUAUGAACCAUGGGGACAAUGUUUACUCAGUCAAAUCUUGCAUGAUUAAACUUGCAUAACUUUGUUGCUUGUAUUAUACUGUACAUUGUUUUAUGUGAAAAGAUGAAACAGAAUGUAUUUUGUAAAUAAAUAUUUUUACAUAACAUGAGUGAAUAAAUGGAAAGUUAAAGUGA